AUGCUCCAGGGCAUCUUGCACGAGGUUGUCCCGGAUCGUGAGGGCCUGCUGAGCUGCAAGGACUUGGCACGCUGCCUGCGCCGCCCGGAUCCAGCUCCGGAGCCUCAAAAGGGCUACGACCUGGCUCAGAAGCAGGGGCUGGCGGAUUUGCUCAGGGACGCUGACAUCCGGCUUGUGCGAGCCGACUUCAUUCUGAAGCUGCAGCAUGAUCGGCAGCGGCUCCCACGCCGCCAGGAAGCGGAGUCCGCCUACGUGGACGGCCGCACGGCACUCGUGACGCACGAGGAGGUGCGGUGUGUUGUUUUCAAGCAAUCCCCAACUCCACCCUCCAAGAAACAUUUGACUGCAACCUCCAACUACCGCACGACGUCAGAGGCAGCCCUAAGCACCCUUCCUUCGUCCUAG